AUGAGCAGUCUGUCAACGAACCGCUCGAUGGACGAAGAAUACACAGCCAAGCCCUGGGAAGAGUCCUGCAUCCACAUCCCAGACGGACUGUUCUACUCGCAAAACGAGAAGAAUAGCAAGAAGGGCUAUCUCCGCCUGAUCCCCGUGAGCUUCGAGAACGACGUUGUGGGGUGCGAUGACUACCAAUCCCUCGUGAGAGAAAUGCGAAAGAACGAGCAGUACGUGCAGAUGAAGAAUAUGGAUUAUGGACACAUCGGAAACGCGGAGAAAAGGUAUCGAAGCAUCGUCACGGAGGAUAUGGUCAAGCAGAUCAUCCGAAACCUGCCUUUUCUGUCGAAUUUCUCGAUGACCACCGCGUGUGUCGAGCGGUUAUCGCUGGCGUUGAAGGAGUAUUUGACCUAUGUGCUCCAGGUCUGCAAGCACGAGCAUGAGCAAGUGGCGUUGCUGACUGGAUCGAACUCUGAAGUGAUCACAAAGGCGGAUAUUCAACGCGCCAUUCAGCGCCAUCCAUUCAUUUUAAGUGCUUUUCCUUCCUUGUGA